UGUGUCGUGAAAAGCAACUGCUGUUGCCCUGGAAGUGGAACUUUUAAUUGGGAUUGUAGGUUUUGAAAUGGGAGUGGCACCUUUUCUUUUUUUUCCAGCUAGUGUUGAUCAGAAAAGAGUAAUUUAGAAGUUUCUCCAGUGGCUACUGAAUCUAGUGUUGGAUAGAAAAACAAACCCCUGCCUCUCCCUGCUUUUGAAAUUAUGACCCGGCACAAGCAGAAAAAAUCUGGGAAGAGACCCAAAAACGGAAAGAAACGGGAUGCAAAGCCUCAUGAGAAAAAGGACCCAGGAGUGCCUCAGCUGUCACAUUUCAAAGAGCAUGUCAAGAAAGAAGCAGCACUAAAGGAGAAAAGGGUUACAGAACUGCAGGAACGGCAACGAAUGGCACGGCAGAAGGAAAUCAGCCGGUUCCGGAGUCUGGAAGGGCUGCAGAAAGAUGCUUUGCGCAGACAGCAGCAUUUUGAACAGAAGGAGAUGGAUCUGAAGCAACUGGCAAAACAUGCCUUGCUGGAGAAAGACAGCUCCUGCAAGGCCUAUUAUAGGGAGUUCAGAAAGGUGAUUGAAUCAGCUGAUGUGGUCCUGGAAGUCCUUGAUGCUCGGGAUCCCCAAGGUUGUCGUUGCCCCCAGGUUGAACAGGCUAUCGUGCAAGCUGGAGCUAACAAGAGACUAAUCCUGGUGUUAAAUAAAAUAGAUCUGGUGUCUAAAGAGAUUGUGGCAAAGUGGCUGAAGUACCUGAGGAAUGAAUUCCCUACAGUGGCCUUUAAAGCUUCUACUCAGCAGCAGAGCAAAAACCUACAACAGAGCCGUGUCCCUGUAACCCAGGCUUCGGGUGACCUUCUCAGCAGUGGAGCCUGUGUUGGGGCAGACUGCCUCAUGAAGGUGUUGGCUAACUACUGCCGGAACCAGAAUGUCAGGACGGCCAUCAGCGUCGGGGUUGUGGGCUUUCCUAAUGUCGGCAAAAGCAGCUUGAUCAACAGCCUGAAGAGGAGCCGGGCUUGCAAUGUUGGCGCCACUCCUGGUGUCACCAAGUGCCUGCAAGAGGUGCAGCUGGACAAGCACAUAAAACUCCUGGACUGUCCAGGGAUUGUUGUCGCUUCUCCCACGUCGGAUGCUGCCAUGAUUCUACGAAACUGCAUCAAGAUAGAGCAACUGGUUGACCCUGUGAGCCCGGUGGAGGCCAUCUUGAAACGAUGCAACAAGCAGCAGAUUAUGCAGCAUUAUUGUGUGCCAGAUUUCCGGGACACUAUGGAGUUCUUGGCUCAUUUGGCCAGGCGGCAGGGAAAGCUAAAGAAAGGAGGGAUGCCUGACCACGAGAAGGCAGCCAAAACAGUGCUAAGCGACUGGACAAGUGGGAAGAUCAGCUAUUUCACACACCCACCUGAGACCCACACGCUCCCCACUCACAUCAGUGCUGAGAUUGUUGCGGAAAUGGGCAAGGCAUUUGAUUUUGAGGCCCUGGAGGAAGAGAACAAGAAGGUCUUGGCAAACUUGCCCUCCGGCCCCGCUGGCAUCACCCUGGAGGGCUCUGGCCUCACCAGUGGAGCAGAAGUUGACAUGGAUGAGGAGGAGGGACUCUGCUCUCUGGAGCAAGAAGAGGCUAAGAUGGAAGAAGAUGGGAAUCAGGAGUUUGGCCCAAUGACUGUAGAGCUGAAAGCCAAGAACAAGACCCUAAUGGAGGCAGAGAAAGCUGUGCCAAGGGCGCCUGACCUAGCAGAAAUCUCUGCCUUGGACCCCCUGCACCAGGGGCAGGGCCUGAAGGCAGCAAGCAAGAGACGCAAAAAACAGCAGAAAAGAGCAGAGAAAAUUGCCACCAAGCUGUCUGCAACAUUGACAGCAGCCAUGAAUUUCAGCUUGUCAGAUAACUAGGAAAGAAUGCUGAACUGUGCAGAAGAGACAGAUGAUGGGAAUUUAUCUACCUCAGAAAGGGCUGCUCCUCCAUACUCAGCAGAAGAAGAGAUCCCCUGCAUCCUAUGACACACAAGUAUUGUGGGAACUGGCAGCCUGAUGUGUAUGCAAAACCCAGAUUCCUUUCUAUAAGAAACUAUUUAUUAACAGGUUAAAAAUCUGAGUAUAUAAAUGUCAUUAAGUGACC